AUGGCGCUCAAGCGCAAGGCGUGUCCGACCUUGGCCGACGACGACCAUAUCCUCGCGUCGACGCCCCUCGCUACCGGCGCCAACAACAGCUUUGCGCCAGCAGUGGCGGCGGCGAUGACGGAGUCGUCGUGGGCAGAAGCGGCGGCGGGAGCGGUGGCGGCAGCGCAGCGGGCCCGGAAGCGGUUCGUGGGCGUGCGGCAGCGGCCCUCCGGCCGGUGGGUGGCCGAGAUCAAGGACACCAUCCAGAAGAUCCGGGUGUGGCUCGGCACCUUCGACACGGCCGAGGAGGCCGCCCGGGCCUACGACGAGGCCGCCUGUCUCCUCCGCGGCUCCAACACCCGCACCAACUUCUGGCCCCGCGCCGCCGGCCCCGCCGCCGUUGCUGCUGUCAUGCCGCCGCCCCACCACCAGCUGGUGGCGCCUGCUGCACCGUCCGCUCUGCCCUCCAAGGUCACCAGCCUCCUCCUCCGCCGCCUCAAGAAAGCACGCAGUGCAAGUGCUGUCAGUAUCACACAACAGGACGCGCCAGCGCAGCAACACCAGCAAGGGUACGGCGGCGCCGGCGGCCCCGAGGAGUACAGCUUCCAGGUCGACGACUUCCUCAGCUACGACAGCACCAGUGACGUGAAGCACGAGGAGGGGUCCACCUGCUCCCAAGGAAUAACGGAGGACGACGGCGACGAGGAGCGGGUGGUGGCCUGCAAGGAGGACGACGAGGCGCCGCUGGACUUUGGGUUCAUGGACAAGCGCCCGUCACCGGCUGAUGGUGAGGCUGCUAACGACGCGGGGGUGCUGCAGUACUCUCCGUUCGAAAUGGUGGCAGCGGACCUCGGUGACGACGACGCGGUGGAGAUGGAGCCGCCGCCUACUUAUGGCGGCGAGGGCGAGGGCGAGGGCGCCGGCGAGCCGUCGGCCGCGAUCCACGAGGUGAUGAAGAGGAUGAAGUACGAGAGGAAGAUUUCCGCGUCGCUCUACGCUCUCAGCGGGGUGUCGGAGUGCCUCCGCAUGCGCAUCGGCGACGGUGGCAGCGGCGACCAUGGCAGUGCUGCUGGGAAGCACGAGCUGGCGCUCUCCGGCCUGAGGGACGCGUGCAGGAACAAGAGGCAGCAGCAGGGACAGGGACAGCACGAACAAGAAGUAGUAGACAAGGAAGGUAACGUCGUUGGCCAUGAGGAGUGCUCGAGCUGCAGCAACAGCUUCUCGUCGGAAGCAACGAGCUCUUCGCCGGAAGCAGCCAACGACUCCCCGCAGGAGGCGAAAGCAAUAGACAACAGUGACAUGCUUCUAUGGAGCUCCCUUGAUCUGCCUCCUAUCUGCUGA